AUGGGCUUCACGUUCGCAAUCCCGAAUGAUAUGACACUCAUUGUGAUUGAAGAGCCGAGCGAGAACCGCGACCGCAAAAUCAAGACGGCCUUAUUUCACCUUGAUCGCUCAAAAUUGAUUGAAAGCAGUCCAUACUUUCAAAGAAUGUUCACACCUCGGUGGGAAAGAACCGAAAACCACAAUCCCACUCUCAGAGGCGACACAAUUAAAGCCAUGGAAGUGAUGCUGGGGUCCAUUCAUGGAGUCGAUAUCAAGCCAGAGUCUGUCUCCGUGGCAGAUGUCUGGUACACAAUCAGGGCCUGCAACAGGUACCUACUGGAUCCCAAGAAGCUAAUGAACUGGUUUGCACGCUGGAUCAAGUACAUUCACGAGAAACAACCUGAGAUGUGGAAAGACUGGGACGUCAACCGCCAGCUGCUGUUUCCUUGCCUUUUUUUUGAUCAUGCAACAGCAUUCCAGCAUAUUUCAAAGAGACUCGUCUACACCACCCCGGGCCAUAUCACAGAAAUGGCCCCGACAGACUCACCAUCGUUCGAGCCGAUGCAUAUGCCCGCUAUCGUCAUGCAGCAAUUAACCGCAGCCAGAGGGCGGCUCCGAACCAUUCUGCAAAGAUCUCUUUUCGAAGACGUGAACGUGAUGAUUGACCAUGCUCGUUGUGACUGCGCGGCACAAAACAUCUUUUCCUACAUGAGGGAACUACAUAGAAUCGGGGUCAAGCCGCUGGAUAGUGACAUCCACAAGAAUUGCGUCCUUGAUAUUCUCAAUCGACUGGCAAACUUCGAUGAGGACAAGAUGGCAGACAGGGACCCAUGGGUGCCGACAUGCGAGGCAUGCUCCCACUCCUGGAAACGCCUAGUGGGGCACGCACAAAGACAUGUUCAAAACUACUUCGAUGGUCUAUGUUUAGAUUGCAUGAAGAACCAACCAAACGAGAAUUCUGAGUACUGGGCUUUCGGCACCCCAAGAUACGAGUAUGACGGAACCUGCCGCAUCAGCCACGGCGAGCCGACCUGGUACUUCAGUUUUAUGGGUCGUCGUGACAGAAGUCAAUGCCGCAUGCAACCUGAGUGA